GUCAGGGGUGUAAGCAUUAGUCCAAACAGUUACAAAACGUUUCGUUUUGCAACUAAAACGACAGUUUCUAUUGGACAAAUUCAGCUAGGUCUCUACACGUUUCGUUCCUUUUAAGAAACGUUUAUCAACAGAAUAGUUGUAAUAAAUAAAACCCAGGCCUCCUCCAGACUUGCGUUUUUGGCGAAUUCUCGAAUAUAGUGCUCUUUCUCCAGUCCUUAGUCAAGGGCACGAUAUUUCUGAGAUGUCCGCUGGCGCCGAAGAGUCAUUUACGAAUUUAACAGGCCACAUUGUGACACAUUUGGUUUCCCUAACUUUAUGAAGCAGUAUCUAACGUUAUUCAUGUAACAGACAUUUCAGUAUCGGCAUUUGUGAUUUGAAUAGCAAUCCGGAUUAGUAGGAUAAUCUAUGAAUGACAACAAUAUGGAUUCUCAUGAAGUUCAACAAACAGAUGACAGCACAGUAGAAGAAUCAACAAGUAUUCCUAAUCAAAGGAUGACAAGACAUCAGAUCCUCACAUUGAUAUCAAUCGCAUCUGUSAACUUCAGCUCGAUGAUUUGUUACUCUAUACUGGGACCAUUCUUCCCCAAAGAGGCCGUGAAAAAAGGAGCCAGUCAGACUGUCAUUGGCCUUAUAUUUGGCUGCUAUGCUCUGUUUAAUCUGGUGGGCUCCGUAGUACUGGGUAAAUAUAUUGUUCAGAUCGGGGCAAAGUUCAUGCUAAUUUCAGGCUUAUUUGUGUCGUCAGUGUGCACCAUUCUCUUUGGCUUACUCGACAAAGUUCCUGACGGAGCUACUUUUAUUAUCCUGUGCUUUAUCAUAAGGUCUGUUGACGCUGUGGGCUUCAGUGCUGCAAUGACCUCUUCUUUUGCCGUUUCAACAAAAGUUUUCCCAAACAGUAUAGCAACUGUUCUGGGUAGUCUGGAGAUCUUUACAGGGCUGGGUCUUAUACUGGGACCACCAAUAGGUGGAUGGCUGUAUCAGUCGUUUGGAUACAAUGUUCCUUUCAUGGCUCUGGGAUGCUUCCUAUUUCUCAUGGUCCCCUUCAACAUGUACAUCUUACCAAGCUUUGCUGCUGAUCCUAGCAAGGACUCCUUCUUCAGGCUGUUCACGCGUCUGAAGAUAGUCCUCAUAUGCUUUGCCACAUUCACCCUGAGUUGUGGACUUGGCUUUCUAGAUGCGACCUUGUCCAUAUAUGCCAUUGAUACGUUUGACCUGUCUCCAGGUUAUGUGGGUCUUCUCUUGCUUGGUCUGUCGUUGCCUUACUGUCUAGCCUCACCUCUGCUUGGUAUCAUCWGUGACAGGUUUCCUUCCACGAGGCCGUGGUUCAUGGUGCUAGGAAGCUUGUUUACAGCGACUGGCUUCUGGUUCUUAGGUCCUGUCCCCAUUCUGCAAAUAAAGAGUCAGCUGUGGCUGGUGGUUUUCAUGCUGGGUAUCAUAGGAUUCUCUCUUAGCAUGACUGCCAUCCCUACCUUCCCUGAAAUACUCGACUGUGCAUAUGAAAAUGGAUUUGAGGAGGGUCUGAGCACUCUUGGACUGGUGUCUGGAUUGUUUGGAGCAGUGUGGUCCUUUGGGAUGUUUUGUGGUCCAACGCUCGGUGGCUUCAUCACACAACAGCUGAGCUUUGAGUGGGCUGCUUCUGUUCAAGGAGGCCUGGCCUUUCUAGCCGCUUUUUUUCUUGGUGUAUAUUUUCUCUGUCAAAGAACACGACAAGAAAGGGCUCCUCAAAUCCAGACGGAAAGACCUUCCGAUGAAGCUACCCAUCUUCUGACCUGAACAACGAGCAUCUACCAGGAACAAUCAUUUAUAUGUUCUGCUGUGAGAAACUGGCCAAAUUWAGAUCCUACACCUGUAUAUGUACAUAGGUGCUAAACGUGGAAUGUAACUUGUAUUAAAAUAUACAACCUAAGAGGAUGAUA